AUGACUUCGUCCAACGCCGGCCAAAAUGGCCUGGCGCCCGUUCCGACCACGCCGCCGCCCAAGCACAAGACGACGACACCAGGCCGACCUGACCCCGACGACAACAAUCACAUUGCCACCACCGCUACCGACCAGCAGCAACCAUCGCGCGCCGACGCACCUAUAACCGCACAUCAACCUACCGACGACGCGUCGACCAAACAACAAACCGCCUCUGGGGCCGUCGAUACGUUCAUGGCCGAUGCCGACGCCGGCAGCGCUCCACCCGCGACAAUGUCGCAGCCGGCCUCAGCCGUCCAUGUCGACGCCGACCCCUUCGCCUCGUCCUUCCCACACACCCCGAUGCCGAACAUGGACCAUGCCUAUAUGAUGAUGGCUCUUGCGCAUAUGGCUGGCAAUCAAAUGUCCAAUCAGAUAUCACCGCCUCCGACCGUCACGCCAGCCCAGGUCACUCUCCCGAGCACCUUGGGCAACGGUCACGAUCCGCUCGUCGCAAGCACGCACAACCUCGCCGUAGCAACACAAGGCCUCGAGUCAUUCGCGCGUAUAGAAUUCGCCGACAGUGUCUUCCAGAUGACCACUUAUGCCGUCAUUAUCGGUCGUGAUCAGAAGGCCCUGAACCAGGCGCGAAGAGACCAGAAGCGCGACGAUGCCUAUCGCAAGAAGGCGGAAGAAUACGAACGCGAGGGUCUUCCGCCUCCCUCUCCCAUCAGACACGGCCCGGGAAAGUUCAGCAAGUCAUACGUCAGUGAAGAGGGAGGCAUGCUGGGACCCGAGUCCGACAGUGAAGGAGAAGGGCGACCGGCCAAGCGCCGCAAGACGACCAGCACUGGAUCAUCGCAGAAGCAGGAAGAGGAUGAGUCACAGGAGAAGCUCAUCUCAAAUCGGCAGUAUGUCUCGCACACACCAGGUGCUGCAGCCGUGGAUCUGGCUUCAUUACGGCCCUCUCCUCAUCACGUUCCUUUCGUCGGCAUCCACUCGCCCGGACCUGAUAUCGCCAGCAAAACCAAGGCUAUCUCAAGAGAGCACCUCAAAAUCCAAUUCAAUAAGAGAGAGGGGGUCUUUGAGGCUAUCCCACUUCACAAGAACGGGUUCUUCAUCGACGAGGUGCACCAUAAGGAAGGUGUCGCCGUGCUUCGGAGUGGCGAUCACCUGCAGAUCAAAGAUGUUGAUUUCCGCUUCGUGAUUAAUGGUGUUCCAGAAGGCCGGACAGGCGCCGAAGAGUAUGUAGAAGAGGAGGAGAAACUCAAGAAGAAGGCGACGGGUGGAAAGGAGAUGAGCUUCGAGUUUGAAGCCUCACAUGGCAACGGCCUCGACGACACAAGCGAUUCUUCACUUAGCUCGCCAGCACCAUCGGACGUAGACAUGUCCGAUGUCGAAGCAGAGGAAGAGGAAGUCGAGGCUGAAAGUAGCACUAAGGCCGAGGCUGAGGCAGAAGCUAAGGCGGAAGCAGCAGCAGCCGCAGAAGAGGCAGCCGCAGAAGCAGCCGCUGACGCAGCAGAAGCAGCAAGAGCACAAGCGGACGCUGACGAUGAGGCCGAUGCUGAAGCAGACGCCGAAGUUGAUGUUGAUGCUGAUGCUGACGCCGAAGCUGAUGCCGAAGGAGAGAUGUCCCUGGAUUAUGGAGAGGAAGCAGACGAUAUCCAGCCUACUACAGAGGUCAAGGCAGAGGACCAAGAGAUGGUGCAUCUUCUGAUGGGAGGUGCUCCAUUAGGUUACCUGAACAAAAAGAGAGGACCCGGCAGACCACCAAAGAACGGAAUCAUGUCCAAGCGAGAGCAGCGGCUGCUUAAGAAGGCCCAGCAGGAGAUGGCCAAGAAGACGGUCCCACAGCCUCCUCCCGGAGAGCCCCCUAUCAAGAGGAAGGUCGGUCGCCCUCGGAAACACCCUCUGCCAGAUGAAGGAGGAGAUCGGCCAGAGAAGCGCAAAUACAAACCUCGGAAACCCAAGGGUGAAGACGGUGCCGAAGGAUCAGAUGCCGAACGACGCGCUAGAGAGAAGAAGGAGAAGAAGGCCCGGCCAAAGUCGCCGCCUCUCGAACUCAAGAUUGAGGACUACACGGAGGAGCAGCUGCAGAAGCCAAACAAGAAUUACGGAGUGCUCAUCGACGAGACCCUUACCGCGGCAGGGCCUGACGGUCUCACCCUCAAACAGAUUUACAAGCGAAUUACUCAGAGAUACCCCUGGUUCUACUUCCACACGGAGACGAAGGGCUGGGAGUCUAGUGUGCGGCAUAACCUCAUUGGCAACGAAGCAUUCAAGAAGGACGACACGACAGGCUUGUGGUCCAGGGUGCCCGGUGUCGAACUCGAUGCCGGCAAGAAGCGCAAGGCUACGUCACCAGAUCGUUCUUUGAGUGCGGGUUACGGUCACUACAACCAUCCAAUGUACACCCAGUACGCCCAGCAACAGAGUCACAUGCCGCCCGGCUAUCAGCAUCUUCCUCAUAACUACCAUGCGCAAGCCUACGCCGGGCAGCAAGCGCAGACAGCUGCCAGGACGCCACAGUACUCUCCUCCCGGAGUGGCGCCAAACCCUACCCAGGCCGCUCCACCAGUGACCUCACAACCAGUGGCGCCAGCGACACUCCCUGGGUAUGGGGCGGCUGCUGUCAUCGCACGGCCUCAAGGUGUCGCAGGGCAACCUUCCACGUACAGUUCGCCGUACGCUUCGAGGCCACCUCCAACCCAUACCGCCGUCAAGACCGAAGAUGGCGCCGCCCCAACUUCAGCAACGCCCAUUACACAACCUGCCCCAGCCGCCAUCCCUGGAGCGCAACUACCACAGAUACCCGCUGCUACUCUGCCGCAGCAAGCUCGACCUACGCCCACACCACCGGCAGCACAAUCCGAACCACGUCCCGUCAUUCAGCCUAGGCUGCUCUCAGCUGUCAAUGGCCUCAAAAAUGGUCUCAUUGAAAACUUGAAGAAGGCCAAAAACCCCAAGGCAGAGGCCAUUGUCAUGUCUGCCCUCAACCGCUGUCUGGGACUCAAGAGUGCCGCGACAGAGAACCAGACCAUGGAGGAUAUCUGUAUGAAGGGAAUACAGAAACUCCUAGACGGUUUCUCUACCCGAAGCAACACUCCCGGGUCGGGGGGUACGCCCACUCCCACUGGGCCGACCAAUGUCUUUGAUUCCAAGGUGUUCAAUUCCCUCCUUGGGUUCAAGAACGUUUCGUCGAAUGCCCUCAAGAGCAGAAUCGGCGAGGCCAAGGCUGAGGCAGUCACUCUGUCUGCCAUUGAUCGAGUGUUGGGCCUGGCAGACGCGAGCAUAGUACCCCCGCCUACGGAAGCCAGCACUUCGGGGUCUCCUGCAGCAGGCUUUGACGGGAUCGAGUCGCACUUGAUGAACUCGGUGAAGCAGCUCCUGUUGGGCCUCAACCAAAAGCUACAUGGAACAUAG